AUGGAGGCCGGCACUCUCGAGCCCCCUAAGCUGGACGGGUUCAGUCUUGUCUUGCCUCUCCCUUACCGCGUUGCUGUUAUACUAGUUGCUGGUGUCUGGGGAUGGGGAUUAAACGUCCACUAUCUCACUACCCUAAAAAUCGAUGUCCCAGCAUUAAUCCGAUAUCCCUCUCGACCUAAUACCGCCGGCUCUGUCUCCGUUCACAAAUCCACAUACCAUCUCGCGACCCUCCUGUCCAUCCCGCUCGCCAUCUCCCUCCUUGCCUUCUGGUUCAUCACAUACGGUGAUCCUGCCCGCGUCGUGGCUUGGGAGGCUCUCCCACAAUCAUAUCUAUUCCUCUUCGUCGUACUACUUGCUCUACCGCUUCACCGUCUCUCCCGCGGCGGCAGACACCGAUUUUUAACCACCCUCAAACGCAUCAUCCUAGGCGGACUCGCAGAAGCCCAGGAUGGCAAGUUUGGCGAUAUCAUCCUCGCUGAUGUGCUUACCAGUUAUUCAAAAGUGCUUGGAGACCUUUUCGUGAGCUCGUGCAUGUUCUUCUCACGCGAUGUAUCGAGUACCAGCAUUCCCGAUAGAGCGUGUGGCGGCCACAUCGCCGUCCCACUGCUCAUAUGUGUGCCAAGCAUUAUUCGACUAAGACAGUGUCUCAUUGAGUUUUACCGGGUAUAUAGACGUGGGAAUCGCCAUGUGGAUGGAUGGGGUGGCCAGCAUCUGGCUAACGCGGCAAAGUAUGCCACCGCGUUUCCUGUUAUUGCCUUGACCAUGUUACAACGAAAUUAUGAUCCAACCGUUGUAGGCAUGAGUGUGGAGACAUUACAUAAAUUAUGGAUAGUAUCUGCCGCCAUCAAUUCCUCCUAUAGUUUCUACUGGGACAUUGAUAAGGAUUGGGACCUUUCGCUCUUCUCUGAUAUCGUCAACAAAUUCCGACCAGCUCAUACCUUGAACGAUGCAAACCCGCAUCCCUUUGGCCUUCGUACAAACCGCUUCUUCUAUGCUAACGGCAUCUACUACUCUGCCAUGGUGAUCGACUUCAUACUCCGCUUUACCUGGCUCAGCCGACUUACCACACGACUGAACUGGGUCAACGAUCUGGAAAGCGGUGUCUUUGUUCUCAUGUUUCUAGAGGUCAUCAGACGGUGGCUGUGGAUUUUCCUCAGAGUAGAGACCGAGUGGGUUCGAAGCACCCGUGGCCCAGCCCCUGAUGACAUUUUACUUGGAGAAUUCACCAAAAUAGACGAGGACUAA